AUGGCCAAGCGGCCUGGAGGGCAGGGGUCUCGGGCGGCGAAGCGGGCGCGGAAAGCCGCCGACAAGGAGCUGAAGGAGCACGCUAUCGACGACCAAGAUGGCGACGACUUUUUCGUCCAUUCAGAGCAGGAGCAGAGUGGUUCGGAGUCUGACGGGGAGGAGCCCGAGGAGACACAGGAGGAGAAGCGGCUGCGGCUCGCCAGGGACUACAUAAAGCGGCUGCAGGAGGCGGCGUCGUCCGAGGAGGACGAGGGGAGCGGGGAGGAGCCGGACGACGGCGGGGAGGGCGGGGACGCGGACGUGCUGCAGCGCCGGCUCCAGAACCGCGCGCAGCUCGAGGCCGGGCACGCGUUCCGCCGGCUCGCGAGCCGCCUGCGCGCGGUGGACCUGGCCGCGUGCCCUGCGGCGGGCGGGCGGCUGCUCGGCGGCCACCGCGCGCACCGGCUGCCCCCGACGGGGGUGUGUUUGGGUCGGUCAGACGAGCUGGCGUUCAGCGUGGGCAAGGACGGGGCGAUCUUCAAGUGGGACGUGGAGCGGGGCGCGGGCGAGCGGUGGGCGCAGCCCGAGGACGUCAAGGCGGCGCGCGACGAGGCGGACCCGGCGACGUGGGUCAAGCGCGGACCGCGGCAGGGCGGGUCGCGGCGCGGGCUGCUGGCGUGCGCGGCGAGCGCGGACGGGCGGUACCUCGCGGUCGGCGGGGGCGCGCGGCGCGUGCUGCUGUACGACGUGCGCACGGGCAAGCACGUGGUGUCGUUCCCGGGGCACCGCGACGCAGUGUCGGCGCUGGCCUUUCGCGACGGCGGCGCGGAGCUGUACAGCGGGUCGUUCGACCGGACGGUCAAGGUGUGGAACACGGAGCUACGCGCGUACAUGGACACGCUGUUCGGGCCGCAGGCGCAGAUCACGUGCGUGGACGUGCGGCGGGCGGAGCGGGUGCUUGCGGGGGCGAUGGACCACACCGUGCGGCUAUUCAAGGUGCCGGACGAGACGCAGCUCGUGUUCCGGUCGCGGUCGAUGACGGUGGAGGCGUGCCGCCUGCUGACGUCGAGCGAGUUCGUGACGGGCGACCAGGACGGCACGCUCGCGGUGUGGAGCCACCUCAGCAAGAAGCCCUCGCUCGUCGUGAAUGACGCCCACCCGCGCACGCUCGAGAACGGGGCCGCGGUCGGGGCCGGGUGCGUCGGGGAAGCGUGCGCGAGCUGGAUAUCGUCCAUCGCGGUCGCCAAGGGGUCCGACCUGGUCGCGUCCGGCGCGGGGAACGGCGCCAUCCGUCUGUGGGAGGCAAGAUGCGGGUCCAAGGGCGGGCCGAUCAAGUCGCUGCGGCCGGUCUGUGCGCUGCCGGCGCGCGGGUUCGUGAACGGCCUCGCAGUCGCGGAGUCGGGCAGGUUCCUGUUGGCGGCGGUGGGGCAGGAGCCGCGGCUGGGGAGGUGGGCCAGGGACGCGAAGGCGCGCAACGGGGUGUUCUUGCAUCAACUGGAGCUCGCGUGA